AUGAAAACCAUUUACUUUGUGGCUGGAUUGUUUGUAAUGCUGGUGCAAGGCAGCUGGCAGCACAGCCUUCAAGACACAGAGGAGAAAUCCAGUUCAUUCCCAGCUCCUCAGACAGACCCACUCAAUAAUCCAGAUCAGAUAAAUGAAGACAAACGCCACUCACAGGGAACUUUCACCAGUGACUACAGCAAGUAUCUGGAUUCUAGACGUGCUCAGGACUUUGUUCGAUGGUUGAUGAACACCAAGAGAAACAAGAAUAACAUUGCCAAACGUCAUGAUGAAUUUGAGAGACAUGCUGAAGGGACCUUUACCAGUGAUGUAAGCUCUUAUUUGGAAGGCCAAGCUGCCAAGGAAUUCAUUGCUUGGCUGGUGAAAGGCCGCGGAAGGAGAGAUUUCCCAGAAGAAGUGGCCAUAGUUGAAGAACUGGGCCGAAGACACGCGGAUGGCUCUUUCUCUGAUGAGAUGAACACUGUUCUAGAUAAUCUUGCCACAAGGGACUUUAUAAAUUGGUUGCUUCAAACAAAAAUUACUGAUAGGUAA